CACCGCGCAGUGAAAGUGAAUGUCUUGAGCACGGCGCAUGCGCACCGAUCCAGUAUAAAUAAAAAGGAAAGCUGCGCGCCGCCUCUUCGAGCUCCAGUGCAAGAUGAGGUCUCGACAGCUCGCCCCAUGGCUGCUGUUAGUUCUAGCGUUGUCCAGUGUCACAGCUCACAGACAGAAGAGACAAGAUGACGACGAUGGCGGCGACGAGCCUGACCAAUCAGUGGACGAACUCUGCAAGGACAGACCUCCAGAUGAGUACUUUCGUCUGACAACCACGGGAGACUGCAGGGAUGUCGUGAGGUGUGAUAAGGCCGCUGAAAACGGCAAGACCCGUCUAGCCGGAGUUCGCUGCCCCAACGGCCUUGCCUUUGAUAUUGACCGUCAGACGUGUGAUUGGAAAACCAAUGUUAAAAAUUGUGGAGAGCUUGAGAAGCCUCGAAAGGUCCUUCCUAUCCUGAAGACAGACGAGCCAGUAUGUCCAGAAGGGAAGUUAUCCUGCGGGAAUGGUGAAUGUAUAGAGAAAGAGCUUUUCUGUAACGACAAGCCCGACUGCAAAGAUGAAUCUGACGAGAACGCUUGCUCCGUGGAGACUGAUCCUAACAGAGCGCCAGACUGUGACCCGACCCAGUGUGUCUUGCCAGACUGCUUCUGCUCAGCCGACGGAACCAGAAUACCAGGAAAUAUUGAACCAAACCAGGUGCCACAAAUGAUCACAAUCACAUUCAACGGUGCCAUCAACGUAGACAACAUCGACCUUUACGAAGAGAUCUUUAAUGGCCAGAGGCUCAACCCGAAUGGUUGCCAAGUCCGCGGAACUUACUUCAUGUCCCACAAAUACAGCAACUACGCAGCCGUUCAAGAGUUGCACAGGAAGGGCCACGAGAUCGCCGUCUUCUCUUUAACUCACAAGGACGAUCCGAAAUACUGGACUGGAGGAUCCUACGACGACUGGCUUGCUGAGAUGGCUGGAGGACGUUUGAUCAUCGAAAGGUUCGCCAACAUCACAGACGGAUCCAUCAUUGGAAUGCGAGCUCCGUACUUGAGAGUCGGAGGCAACAAACAGUUUGAGAUGAUGGCUGAUCAAUACUUUGUUUACGACGCUUCCAUCACCGCACCCCUGGGUCGUGUUCCCAUCUGGCCUUACACACUGUACUUCCGCAUGCCCCACAAGUGCAAUGGUAACGCUCAAAACUGCCCGAGCAGAAGCCAUCCUAUCUGGGAGAUGGUGAUGAACGAGCUGGACCGCAGAGACGACCCCACCUUUGACGAGAGUCUGCCUGGUUGUCACAUGGUUGACUCCUGCUCCAACAUCCAGACUGGGGAACAGUUUGCUCGUCUGUUGAGGCACAACUUCAACCGUCACUUCAACACCAACCGAGCCCCUCUGGGUCUGCACUUCCACGCCUCCUGGCUCAAGAGCAAGAAAGAGUUCAAAGAAGAACUUAUCAAGUUCAUCGAGGAGAUGCUGGACAAGAAUGAAGUCUACUUUGUGACAAUGUUGCAGGUGAUCCAGUGGAUGCAGAACCCCACAGAGCUCACUUCCCUCAGGGAUUUCCAGGAGUGGAAGGAGAAGUGUGAUGUGAAGGGACAGCCCUACUGCUCCCUCCCUAACCCCUGCCCUUUGACCACCAGGGAACUUCCCGGACAGACGAUACGUCUUUUCACCUGCAUGGAGUGCCCCAACAACUACCCCUGGAUCCUGGACCCCACUGGGGAUGGCUUCUCCGCCAAAUAACCUCCAAAGACUGCUUGAGUGAUAAUGUCGCUGGAGAAAAAUCUGCGGCCAAGACUGCACCAGCGACAGACGCUGUACAAAUGUUGUAUAUUUAAGUUGUAUUUAAUGUGAUUUAAUUGUUUAUGUGUCCAUAUUUGUAUGAUUUCGUAAAGUCACCUGAUUCCUAAAGUCCGAGCAAUAAAUGGGUGCACUAAAA